AUGUCUUCCCUCAUCCCUACUCGAUGGCCCUUUAGGUCCCGCAAGACAUUGAAUGACGAUGGCACGUCCGACCAGACCACAUCGCAGAGGAACUCUUUGCCUGUGUCGGAGUCGGGGCAAUCGGGCCAUGGUCCAAGCUCUGUCGACCAACGAUAUGUCAACAGUGGGAUUGACGACGCCUCCAAGUAUAAGGCUAUGAUAAAAUUCUUCCAUGUGCGCUUGACUGCGUACCAAUGGCUUCCUUCGCCGACACAUCUACAACAAAGCUCCACCGCGGUCUUCCUGCGCCGGUCGAGGGGUGUGUAUAUCUCCGAACCGGAGGAUGUCAAUCCCAUGCUGCUCGGAGCGAUUCAAAAGAUCAAUGCUACAGUCGCUUUCACAAUGAUGACCGAGACCACGAGUAUCAUUACAUCACAACUUGCGCACGGCCAGACAGAAUUGAUUCUUCCUAAUGGCUAUCAGAUCCAGAUCAUUGAUUCGUACGCCGAUAUUGCGGGAUCUCAUUCAAAUAUGGUCAAGAGGCAUCAAUAUUGCGCAUUGAUUCGAGAAGAGCGCCUCCUUCUUCUCUGGAAUGACGAUUUGAAUGCUAUUCUAACCCAUGCUGCCGAUGUCGAAGCAAAGUUACUUUCUUUGAUCUGGGGAAGCCCCGUCCCAACAUUCAACCUCCAGGUGACACCCUUGGCGACUCCUUUGGAAUCAGUGGUAGCGUCUCCCAAUGGCUCAUCAUACCAUUUGGCUCUUGAGGCGGCAAAGGAAGCACAGCCAGCGGCAGAAGACUCUGGUAUGUCCCGCGAUGCUUCUCCGAGAAGGAUGAUAAACGAAGGAGUCAAGCGCCCAAAGGACUCACUAGAACGGCCACUGGCAUUCACCAGCGCCAUCUUCGUCGGAAUGGCCGUAAUGCUUCUUGUGAUUCUUCUCGUUGGAUUUGGAAUCUAUGAUUUACUUCUGGAAUACCUGGUCGAUGGCAACGCAACAAGAUUUGCCCUUGCAGCGACGAUCCCUAUAUUCGCCCUGUUCAGUAUUUUUUUUAUGAUAGUCAUCUUCACGGAUAUCUUCCAGGCUGUCGGACCAAUCAAGACGCUCAAGACUAAUUCACGGUUUUAUUCCCCCAUUGCCCCGGACCUGAAAUCGGCGUAUUCCCUAGGCUUCACACCACCGCGUAUCACGAUCCAAAUGCCCAUCUAUACCGAGUCGCUUGAAGAAGUUAUCAAGCCUACCAUCCGUAGCUUGAAGACUGCAAUCUCCCACUACGAGUCGCAUGGAGGUGCUGCGAAUAUCUUCAUCAAUGACGAUGGCUUUGCCUUGCUUUCCGAAGAGCAAAGGAGUGAGCGGAUCAAUUUCUACCAUGAUAACAACAUUGGCUGGGUUGCUCGGCCUAAAAACAACGACGACGGUUACAUUCGGAAGGGAAAAUUCAAGAAAGCUUCAAACAUGAAUUUUGCCUUGAAUGUCUCGAAUAAAGUUGAGGCGGAACUUGUCCAGCGUAUAGCCCCGGCAUUGAAGGACUCCGAUAUGGUUGAUCCUAUGGAGGAAGAGCUGGUCUACCGAGAGGCGUUCGACCACAUUAUUCAAUCCGAUCCACGCAUCCGCGGUGCUGGUGGUGAUAUCCGCGUGGGCGAAUUUAUUUUGAUUGUCGACUCGGACACUCGAGUACCAGCUGAUUGCCUGCUCUACGGUGCUGCCGAGAUGUUUCUAAACCCUGAAGUCGCCAUCAUCCAGCAUUCUACUGGCGUCAUGCAAGUUUCGCGGGAUUAUUUCGAGAAUGGCAUCACGUACUUCACCAACCUCAUCUAUUCAGCCAUUCGUUUUGCAGUAGGCAGUGGUGAAACCGCUCCGUUUGUCGGGCACAACGCCUUUCUUCGUUGGCAAGCGGUUCAAUCCGUCGGCCGACCAGAUGACGGGUAUACGGCCUUCUGGUCCGAGAGCCAUGUAUCAGAGGACUUUGAUAUCGCGUUGCGUCUCCAGAUCCAAGGGAACAUUAUUCGUUUGGCUAGCUAUCAUAACGAUGAGUUCAAGGAAGGUGUCUCGCUUACCAUCUAUGACGAGCUGUCGCGUUGGGAAAAAUAUGCCUACGGAUGCAACGAACUGGUCUUUAACCCGAUCCACACGUGGAUCUAUCGAGGUCCUCUGACAAAGUUGUUCAUGUCCUUCCUAUGGUCCAACCUGCAGCUAUCGUCCAAGAUUACCAUCUUAGGAUACAUUUCAUCAUAUUACGCUUUGGCUUCUGGAUUCCCCUUGACUGUUCUUAAUUACUUCAUUGUCGGCUGGUUUCAAGGUUACCUGGACAAGUUUUAUAUGGAAUCAUGGAAUGUGUUUCUUGGCCUACUCGUCGUUUUCUCUGGGGCUGGAAAUGUCUGCUUGGCCAUCAUUCGCUAUCGCCUUGGAGAGAAGCCCUUGUUUUCGGCCCUGGUAGAGAACUUUAUGUGGAUGCCUAUGUUUGCCAUCUUCUUCGGUGGCCUCUCCUUCCAUCUGAGCAUGGCUAUUCUGGCCCACAUGUUCCGUAUCAAUAUGUCUUGGGGCACUACGGCGAAGGAGAAGGAUGACUCUAACUUCUUCAAAGAGAUGCCCAAGAUCUUCAAGACCUUCAAAUGGAUGUACGCAGUGGUGCUUCCAUUCUUCCCUGCCAUGAUUUACUUGGGCUGUUUUGCGCCUCAUGGCUGGAGGAUUACAGAGGUCACUGCUAUUGUGCCAAUGUCGGUCACUUUGGCAUCCCACGCUCUCCUACCGCUCCUACUGAAUCCAUCACUGAUGGUGUUCAACUACUAA